GAUACCUUCUUAAAAUAGGAAAGAAUGCAGCUAAUUUCAAAAGCUUUGUUUGUCAUAAGCCUCUCGUCCAUAAGGUACUUCUAGUCCUCUGAUCUGAUUCAAAGAAUCCUUUCUUGAAAGAGUAUCUACUUUGUGGUCUCAGCAUGUUUCGAUUUAAAGAUUAGGGAUUUUGAUACCUCGUAUUAUACGGCUUUUGAAGUAAUCUAAAUUUCGAUUAAUCAACCAUGGCAGCACUAGACGAUCAAAGAGAUGUCAUUAUUGCGAUCGACUUCGGCACUACCUACAGCGGAUUUGGAUACGUUUUCGUCAAAGCAUCCCAAGAUCGUAUCUAUGUGUUUCAGAAGUGGGGAAGAGGACAGGGAAUAAGUUACAGCAAGACGCCAACAGCUCUUCUCCUGAACGAGGAAGGUGAAUUUCUCAAAUUUGGACAUGCAGCGGUGGAAAUGUAUAGGAAACAAGCGAUGUCCCAGACGGAUUGUAAAAAGCUAAUGUAUUUCGAAAAGUUUAAACUGUUGCUUCAUUCAGAGCAGGAUCUAAAUGAGAGAACAGAGGUAGAAGCCAGUAAUCGAAAAAAGUGGCCUGCUAUGGAUGUAUUCGUAAAAUGCCUUGAAUACUUGAAGAAAACUGCAACAAAUGCCAUCAACGAACGUCAUCUGCGUUCGGCAAAGGACAAUCCAAACGCGGAACCUAAAUACAAGCCCGAACAGAUUCAGUGGAUAAUAACGAUUCCAGCAAUAUGGCGCAUCUCCGCUAAAGAAUUCAUGAGAAAAGCUGCAUAUAAGGCUGGAAUUGCAAGCCCCGCGGAUCCUGACCAACUCAUUCUUGCCCUUGAACCUGAGGCCGCAUCUUAUUACUGCAGAAAGUUGCCCUUCGAAAUGUUUAAGGGAGAGUAUGGAAAAGAGGUGGUGAAGGACACGUUGGACGAAGAAGGAAUUCCGUACAUGGUUGUGGAUAAUGGAGGUGGAACUUUGGACAUCACUGUACAUGAAGUUAAUGCUGUUGACGGGCAUAUUCUAGAAAAACACUGUCCCGCUGGAGGUCUUUACGGUGGCAUUCACGUUGACGAAGAAUUUGAAAAAAUGAUGGGUCAGGCAUUCGGAGAAGACGUUAUCAAUAAUUUCAUAAAACAAUUCCCGAGCGACUGGCAAACCUUAAUGAACCGCUUUGAAGUGCAAAAGAGGGCGGAAGAAGAGGUUGACAAUGACGAAAUUAGUAUCCCUCUACCUUUAAACUUUAUUAACACUUGCAAUCAUUAUAUCGGAAAAGACGAAGCCAUCAAUGAGAGGAUUCGGGUGUUUUAUUCAAGAGAAGUGAGCGUAAGCAGCGACUAUUUGAAUAUAACCAUGAAUACGCUGGGCGACCUGCAUCGUCCAAUUGUGACCAAGAUUGCCGAUCGCAUACAGAGUUUGCUUUCUGAGGAUAGUCUUCAAGAUGUUAAAACUAUGUUUUUCGUCGGUGGCUUUUCUGAAGCUCAGUUUUUGCGAAGAGAAAUUUCUCGCCGCUUUCCUGACAAACGCAUUCUCAUACCACACGAUCCCCAACUCGCCAUAAUUCAUGGCGCCGUAGAGUUUGCUCGAGAACCGAGUCUACUUAGAGCAAGGGUAAUGGGCAAAACUUACGGUGUUGGUACCUGUUGCACGUUUGAUCCUAGGAUACACCCAAAAGAGAAAAAGUUAGUUCGGCCAUGGAAGGAGUACUGUUGUGACAUUUUCGAAACCUUAGUGAAGAAAGGCGAAAGAAUAGAUCUAGAAGAGACAAGAGCCCACUCAUUUUUGCCCAUUGAUCCUGACUGUACCGAGAUUUCUUUCCGGUUUUACAGCACAAAUCAAGACGACGCUCAGUUUGUCACCGACCGCGAAGUUGUAAGCGAAAACGUCACUGUUCUAAUUCCCAGUCCAGAUACCACCAAGGGUUUAAACCGAAGAUUAAGGCUGGAAGUAAAAUUUGGUGGCACGGAAAUUAAAGUUCAGGUCACCGAUGUUGAGUCGGGUAAUGUCAGAAAGGCUUCUCUUCAGCUCGUUGCCACUUCGGUUCUUCAUUCCCGUUUUCAUUAACAGAGUGAGUCAGAAACAUAUAAACUCUAAAGUGAACUCUUUUUCAGGGCUACAGUCAACUCUCUCUAAGACGGACACCAUCGGGACCGACCUCAGCUGUCCGUCUUAGAGCGGUGUCCGGCUUAUAGAGAGUCGACAUAACAUGACCCCAGGAAAGAAAGCACGAAAAUGACUGUUUUAGAUUACAAUACCAUUCGGUUGUCAUCUCCAAGUCAUUUUUUCAAUGAGACAAUGACUGAAUUAAUUUUAACUUGUACUGUUUGUAUUCCGCCGACAAGAUAAGAGCUGGCAAUUAAACGUCUGGUGUUAAAAGGAGUCACGGGUACUUGGUACUUUAAGAAGUUUUCUUCCCUACAUCGUAAUUUGCGGUCACAUUCAGCACCUUACAAGUGUCCGUUGAAGAUUUCAAAGCGUCCGUUGUCCGUCUUAUAGAGGUGUCCGUCUUACAGAGAUUUGAUUGUAGUAAAAUAACUAAGAAACGGCCGGGACCCACACCAGCUGUCCGUAUUAUAGAGGUGUCCGUUAAGAGAGAGUUGACUGUUUUGAAGUUCGAUUAAAACUAAUUUCAAAAUUUGUUUGGUUACUUCCUAUGGCGAAACGAGCCAUAGAAGGACACAAACGGCAUUCCGGUUACUAGACUUUGUCAGUCAGACUUGACUUCUAUGUAAUAUUCGGAAACGUUUAACCUUUUAUAGCGAAGUCGAUACUGAUUUCGGUCAUUCACAGUGCUUCAACUAUAAUGUAAAUAUUUCUUUUAGAGACAAUGGUACCUCUAAGGAGUAAGUGAUUUAUAUUAGUAUUAUCACAGAUUGUUAAUUUGGCCCUCCACCGGUAAAGGUCCGGGACGUCUGACCGCUGUUCGUUCACCGUGCAUUUUUGAAGCAAGUCAUGGACGAUCAUGUACAGCAAACGCAAUUCUUUUCGGUGCUGUCCUCACCCUUACUCUUGCAUCAGUUGAGCUGAACAUAGUUAAAAAUGUCUAGCAAAGGCUGAGUUAGAUUCAAUCAUCACUGCAUGAACUUACAUCUUGUAAUAGGGUAAUUUUCCUCCGACGAAGGGCUAACGCUCGAAACGUCAGCUUUUGUGAUCGUUACGGUGGCCAAUUUACCAUUUCAACUUUGUUGAUAUAUCCAAAUAAUUUUCCUUUAAUUUGGUUUAAGUAAGGUCGGGAAAAGUGCUUCUAAGAACGGUAGUGCAUUGUUUUAUAAAAAGUAAUCGUUUUGGUGAACUUGAUUUACACCUCAAUACUAGGUAAAACAACUUGUACAAAUAGAUAAAUAGGGUAUCUUUAUAGAUGAAUUAGAUGUGUACUUGAGUCCUAGUGGUUAGUUUGAAUCAUAUUCAUUAAGAAAAAUGUUUGAUACUAUUAAACAAGAACUCGAAUGUCCUCCAUAUUUGUGUCAAAUGUGAAACAAUAUCUGGACCAUAUACUUUCCACGGUUUGGCAAAUUCAUACCUGUUUGAAAACAAAAAUUGCUUGACAGACGGAUUUCAAUUCGAGAUACCUUGGGUUUCACAGAAGUACAAAGGACAAAUGUGGCCAAUUUUUUUUCUGAACCUGGACAAGCUGGCGGCUCACAGUACCGUUUUCCCGCGCUAAACACCGCUUACCAAUUUUGUUUCCUUGCGCUUUUUGUCGGUUGCUUUGGCUCCAACUGAAUCAUGGGACGAUGGAUUUAAUUGAGCACUGGCUUAAAAAAUUUUCAUCCAAGGGAUAUAAUAGUCUCCGGCUAAUUCAACACAGCUUGAACGAAGGAUAAGCGAGUUGAAAACAAAUCUCUUUUACUUGACAUACUUAGAUAAUACUUAGUUACGCACUUUAAAAUUUAAUGUUGACAGUUGUAAUUUAAAAAGUACAGCCUAUAGAUAGAAUUUCUUCAACAUAAUUACAUCGGAAGAAAAUAUGUCUGAUGGUAUGAUACAAGAUACAAACACAAAUAUUUACCACUUAACAACCAAGGUAAUGUUUGGGCACCAAAAGAUUUUCCUUUUAUAGAGGUCCAAACGUCUUCUUCUGGAGUGUGGCAUGGAAAACGAGGGACGUGGGAGAAAUUGUCCACUUUCGCGCGAGGGGGCCACGACUGAAGACUGGUAACGGUUAUGGGGAAGUUUGGAGCGAUAAAAGUGGUAUGCCAACAAAUAAAAAAAUUUUCAUCAUCAAAAUUAAUAAAUAUGCGUUCUUAUGACAUAAAAAUGGCAGAAGAAAUUCCCAUUUUUAAAAUUGAGACAGGAAAAGUUGUCGGUCAUUACAAUGUCACACGAUAUCGAUAUGUUACCGACUCCUUUCCGAACGCUCUUGCUAUUUUCCUAUUGGACAAAACAGCCAAACUCUUCGAGUAUUUGUCCCCGGACGGAGCCAGCACUCAAAAGUAUAAAUAAGUAUCAUCCCUUGAAAAUUAAGUUUUAAAAAAUCGAAUUUUCUCGAAAAAAAAAAAACAAAAAAA